UUGACACCACUUCAUUUUCCUGGUCAUGUUUUUUUCUUGUAUAUUUUAGUGUAAUAUCGUAUUUUCUUUAAGUUUUACAUGAGACUGCUGUUUCUAUCUAUUUGUACGAUAGAACAAAAAUACAAAUAUUAGUUGAAUGGAAAAACACUGAAGACUGUUAAUUUCAAAAUGGGGAACCAGCACGGGAAGAAGGAGUCUAAAUUGCCUUUUACUUCGGAACAACUUAAAAUGUUAGAAGUAACAUUUCGUGCUUGUGGAGCACAUUCUGAAAAGUUACAAAAGGAGAAGUUGCUGGAAUCCUGGUCAGCUAUUACCGACUCUCAUUUAGCACAGUGCACUGCAAAUUUUCUUUUUAAAACGAUUCAACAGUCGCCAUCUGUAAUUACACUAGCUCGAUAUUCUGAACCGUAUUAUAUAGUCGCGAGUGGAACAAUUGAUGAAAAAGUGAACUUUCUGGCCGCAUCUCUUGAACAAACCGAUACAAAUCAAUAUACAAUUAAGGAACUAGAACAUUAUGUGGCUGCUGUUUUACGGAGUUAUUUAAAACUCGAAUCACAACAGUGUACAGAAGCAUUCGAGAGUUGGAAGCAGCACGGAUACCAGUCAGCGGAACGGACAGUUUACGCAUUUUCAAAAGGACUUAUUCGCAGCUUAUGCCAAGGUCAUGAUCAUUUCCUUAAUUUAAGUCAAUUGGAAGAAUGGCUGCGGACUAAUCCCACUUUUCUAAUAAUGUGGCUCGAAGUUUUUAAUUAUUUAUAUAGUAAAAAUUCCUCAAAGUCCUUUAAAUCGAGCUCUGCUCUAUCCUCAAAUUUACUGCCGGUAUUAGAUGGUUUGGCUAGUGGCACAAAUUAUACACCCAUUUUAGAUAUUCCUCAUGUUAUUUUUGUGAAUAGUAAUUUACCGAACGAACAUCGUAAUAAAUGGCGUUUCUUAUUCUCUUCAAAAAUAAUGGGCGAAAGCUUUUCAACAAUGUUAGGCAAGAUUGUGGGUCGGGGACCUACGCUAUUAGUUAUAGAAGAUGAGGAUCGUUAUGUAUUUGCAGGUUUUUGUCCAGAGUCGUGGUCGAUGAAAUCACAUUUUUUCGGUAAUGAAAGUUCAAUGCUAUAUACAUUGAGUCCAGCAAUGCGUUGUUUUAAUGCUACAGGAUAUAAUGACCAUUAUCAGUAUUUGAAUUUGAAUCAACAAACGAUGCCAAAUGGAUUAGGAAUGGGCGGACAGUUCAAUUAUUGGGGUUUAUGGAUUGACAGUGAUUAUGGCUCAGGACAAAGUAGCGAAUCCUGCACAACCUAUGGCGAUUAUGUACAACUAAGUAAACGCAAAGAUUUUAGAAUACGUAAUCUGGAAGUUUGGGGCAUUGGUGAGGAACCUAAAGAUGAAGAUUCGGAAGAAAUUGAAGGCACUGGAAAGAAUUCAAUAUUGGAUAAGAAUUUAGAGGAUAAAGUUAUGCUCCAAUUGGCUGGCAAAGAAAUGCAUUCUGAAGGUCUCCGUGACCCUGACAUGGACUUGUGAAGAUAUAUUAAUUUAGGAUUAAGCUGAAAACUAAAUGUUUUUUUUACUAUUAAAUGCGAUUAUAUUGUUAAUAAGUUUUCAAUGAUAUUUACAUAAAUACAAUGUAAUAUCAAAGUUAUACAAAGAAUAUUAUACACUAAGGCGUGUAUCCGUCAAA